AAUCAAACCCACGUAACAUUUUUAGAUCGUAGGAAACAAAAUCAAAAUUUGAAUUAUGUAAGCUCCACAACUACCCCCCAGUGCAUUGUCGAUGAGUUCCAACUUCUACCUUACUGCCUGAUUAUUUUUUGCAUGUGGGUCCAAAGUCCAAACUAAUCACCACCAUUUUCAAAGUAAUACUUCCUCUGUUUUUUUAUUGUAAGCAGAUUAAUUUUUUCAAAAAUAACAUUUGAAAGAUAAAUUAGAUGUAGUUAAACCAUAAAUAAGUAUAUAUUGUUUGAUUGGUAACACUAUACCCAAUAAAAAUAAAAAAUUACUUAAAAUUAUGAAAAUUAUUUAUAUUUUGAAACAAACAAAUUUUACUUUGAACUACUUAUAAUAAAAAAAAAAACAGAAAGAGUACUAAUUUUGAUUUUAGGAUUAUUAAGGCCCACAUUAGAGUCUAAGCUCUCAUUAAAAAUUAGUCUAAUCGGCGUAGAAAAAAAAGGAAAGUUUACUUUGCCAUUUAGCUAGUAACAAACAACAUGCAUUAAACAUUUGAUAUCUAUAAGUCGGCCGUAUAAAACACAAAGUUCUUUCCUUUUAGCUCACAUUUGACCAAAACUCCUCCAAUCCAGACAUCAUCGUUGACUUUUUCAAACUUGUGUUCCUCCUCUCUCUUUCCUUUCUUCAAACAUCUCAUAUAACACAACACCAAGAAAAAGAACAAGAGUUCCUCUGUUCCUAUCUUCAAUUUUUGCUGUGAAUCAAUCAAUGGACAGUAAACACCAAACUUCAACUUCGAAACCAAAGAACAAGAACAAGCUCUUGAAGAUGCUUCCUAAAGCUAUGUCGUUCGGACAUCGCGUUCCACCGUUUAGUCCCGGAAGAGAUCUCCACCACCACCAUAACACGACGUCGUCUUCUUCAAACAAAGCGUAUUUCUCCGGUCCUAUGGUCCCUUUGGUUCCCAAAGCAGCUCGUGUCCGGAGAAACAAAAGCGACGCCGUCUGGAGCGAACCCACUUCGCCUAAAGUCUCUUGCAUCGGACAGAUCAAGCGCGUCAAGUCAAAACGCUCCUCCUCCCCUAAGAAAAACAUGAUUCCCAAGAUCCCCAAAACGUCGUCGUCUUCUCUAACCAAAGGAGAUGAAAAAGGUCGUGUUUCGAUGAUCAAGCGCCUCUUCUCGUUCUCCUCGGCGGCUGGAAGUGGAAACUCAUCAAGAAAAUCACGUCCCACCGCGGCCACUGAACAUCCGGUCACGGUGGUUUCAUCCGCGGCGGUGCCGUCGUUAGGUCAGAUGAAGAAGUUUGCGAGCACUCGUGAAGGUUUAGGAGGUUUUGAUUGGGCGGUUGAGAUGAAACGUGAAGAGGAAUCUCCGGCUGAUCGCGGUUACUAUUCAGACGAUGAGAGGAGAGGAGGUUUCUUGAGAGACGACGACGAGGAAGAAGAAGAGGACGAUAUAAUAAUACCGUUCUCAGCUCCGUUGAUGAGUUUGAAACCGAAGACAGAAGUUAACUUGUGGAAGAGAAGAACCAUGGAUCCACCUAAACCACUUCAUCUUCAGACCUAAUGAUUAAAAACUCUUUUAAAUUUUUUAUCUUUUUCUUUCGUUAUAUAUAUAAGUUACUGCAAACCAAAUCAUAUAACGAUCAUCAUACACUGUGAAUCUGAUGAUUAUCAUUUUUCUUCUUUAGUUAAAUUAUGUGUGAAUACCUGUUUGGGUUCAAUUUUGAUAUAUGCCACAAGUGAAAUCUCUCUCUCUGA